AUGUGGUGUCCUUCCACUAUCUUCGCCACAGUACUCACGCGUCUUGCCAGCCUACACAAGAUAGCAGACUAUUUCACUGACCAAUUCUGCCUUAUCGACUUCGACGAAUGUUUCUUAAUCUCGUCACCUCCGCCGGACUCAGGCACCCCUGAAUGCUACCUUCCGCCUGAGGUAUUGCUAGAAAUGGAAAAUGGUAUAGAAAGUGACAUCAGCUCCGACGAAAAUUAUCAAUGCUCCCACAAAUACCCCAUCAGCUCGGCCUGUGACUUAUGGGCGCUCGGGUGUACACUUUUCGAGAUCCGGAAACAGAAUAAACUACUUGAUGAUCAAGAACCUCUUCUGGCCGAUAUGGUGCGUCUUCUUGGCAAACCACGUUGGUGGAAUAAUUGGAAAACACGCAAAAACUUCUUUACCGAUGAAUAG